CGGAAGGGGAAGUUUCGCCUUCGAACUCUCCCUCGCUCGUCCGAAUUCGGUGGCGCCACGUCCGCCCAUCUCCGCCUUUUUAUCCGUGGCUUGGGCGGCUUCCGCCUCGACACCUUCCACUCGCGGAGCGGGCCGUAUCGUGAGGGGUCAGGGGACGGGGGGUCGGGCGGCUGUGCGCAUUCUGGCCACUUAAAAGGUGAAGAUGUCGGACAUCGGGGACUGGUUCAGGAGCAUUCCGGCCAUCACGCGUUAUUGGUUCGCCGCCACUGUUGCGGUGCCCUUGGUCGGCAAACUCGGUCUCAUCAGCCCGGCCUAUUUCUUUCUCUGGCCCGAAGCCUUCCUCUAUCGCUUCCAGAUCUGGAGGCCAAUCACUGCUACCUUUUAUUUCCCUGUGGGUCCAGGAACUGGAUUUCUUUAUUUGGUCAAUUUAUAUUUCUUAUAUCAGUAUUCUACACGACUUGAAACAGGAGCUUUUGAUGGGAGGCCGGCAGACUAUUUAUUCAUGCUCCUCUUUAACUGGAUUUGCAUCGUGAUUACUGGCUUAGCAAUGGAUAUGCAGUUGCUGAUGAUUCCUCUGAUCAUGUCAGUACUUUAUGUCUGGGCCCAGCUGAAUAGAGACAUGAUUGUAUCAUUUUGGUUUGGAACACGAUUUAAGGCCUGUUAUUUACCUUGGGUUAUCCUUGGAUUCAACUAUAUCAUCGGAGGCUCGGUAAUCAAUGAGCUAAUUGGAAAUCUUGUUGGACAUCUUUAUUUCUUCCUAAUGUUCAGAUACCCGAUGGACUUGGGAGGAAGAAAUUUUCUCUCCACACCUCAGUUUUUGUACCGCUGGCUGCCCAGCAGGAGAGGAGGGGUGUCAGGAUUCGGUGUGCCCCCCGCUAGCAUGAGGCGAGCUGCGGACCAGAACGGCGGAGGCGGGAGACACAACUGGGGACAGGGCUUUCGGCUUGGGGACCAGUGAAGGAGCGGCCUCGGGCCGGCCCACCAGCCACUCCGCUCAGAUGAAGUUUCCUCCCAGUGCUGGGUGUGCUUAACAACCAGGUUCUAGCAAAUGCUGUUGGACCCGACCCACACUGAAUGUAGUCUUUCAGUACAAGACACAGUUUUUUAAAUCCUGAAGAAAAAUAUAAGUGUUCCUCAAGUUUCGUGAUUCUCAUUCAAGUCCUUACUGCUACGAAGAACAAAUAUCAACUGUGCAAAUUUCAGAACUGACUAUAUUUUUUUGGUGUCUUCUCUUCCUUUUCUGUCUGAAUAAUGGGUUUUGGCAGGUCCUGGUCUGCCUGCACCAAGCUGGGCAUGUGGGGUUGGGUCACCAAACCCUUGACAAAGGGACUUUUACUUCUUUCUUGCACACACACCUCCCUUCUUCUUUUCCCAACCCCCGCAUUUACAGCUAGAAGAGGUUGCCCGUAAAAUGGUUCUGCCUGUGACAAGCUCUCUUAUUUAUUGACUUCUGCCAAGGCUUGGUCACAAAGAACUUGUCCGCCAUGUUUACCCCUUUGGUAGCAGAACUAUAACAGUAGGGGAGAAGACUGGACAAUUGGAUGGAGAGCUUCGUCAGCUUUUGGAAUUGCUGGGACCUGAUGUCAGGUGCAACCAUUUGCCACCUCUGCAGAAUUUUCUUAUAAAAAAAGCACCACUUGUCAGCAAGGGCCACAAAUUGGUGUCAGUGAGGCGUGAGGGUGGUUGCUAGGCAUUUUUUAUCUUUAAGGGAAGUGAUGAAAACUAUAGUGGAGCUUCAGGGGGUCUAGGUGUGAACUGUAGUGGGCAUAAUCCCUUUGUAUCUUGUAUAGGGCCUACUGGUUUUAUGUGGACCCAGCAUAGUUUGAGUUGUGUUGUGCUAGAAAGUUCCAAAUCACAUUUGCCACAGGGAGUUGCUCUUUUUGAGAGACACCUGGGCAUUGAUCUAGUUAUGUGUUCAUUGAAUAGUGUGGAGAGGAGAACCUUAGACCCUAUUUAAAUUGUCUCCCCUCUUAAUGGCCAUGUGCUUCAGUUAAUCUCGAGGAAGGUGCAGCUUCUCUGUACUGAGAUCAUAUCUUAAGAGCUAAUACAAGCACAUCUAGGUGAAUCCCAUAACUUUGGCUCGUAAUGGCUUUAGAAUCAUUUGUGUUUGAGGGUCUUUAUUUUGAGCCAUGAAUGUACAAGUCACAAAUGUACAUCAGACCAGCGUAAAUACCCACAACUUCUUUUUCAGAGGUGGGCUUUUUCCAACAGAGCUAGGCUUAUCCCCCAAUAAAGUUUUUGAAGGCUUUGGCGUUUCACAGUUUCUUACUUUAUGUUUUUAGUCUGAAAGCAGCCUGCUGGGAGCAGUGUGGUCACCAUACUUGGAGUCGGCUGGAAAGGCUGUGAACAUUUUUGAUUGGUUUCUUCUCAGGAAACUUUGUGCUCUAACAGUAUGACGUUACUUUGCCCCACCCUUAAGCAGUAGUGAGUGUGUUCCACUAGGAAGUGGGGAUAUGAAAACAGCUUGUUUUUAAUAAAAGUUUGUCCGUACCUCUCCAUAUUUUAUUUAUACGAUAAAACAGAAGGCGGAGAGAAUCUGAACCUUAACUGUCAUAUGUUUUUGCUGUUGACCUGUGGCCACAAUAAAAUUUACUUGUAAACUUUUAGAAGCCCUUAUUCCUCUGAUGUCGCAUGUGCACUCAUUGUACAGGGGCAGAAACUCACUAUUUGUGUAAGAAGGUUCUCAUGGUAAGUGAGCUCAAUGCUCUUAUAUGGCCUCUUAGCAACUCACCUGCCUGCCAGCAGUAAUUUUGGUAAAGGUUACAAGUAUUCUUUAGAAUACCUUUGUUCAAGGCAAAAUGUUCAUUAAAUUCUUCUCAAACACAUUUAGGGAGCUGAUAAUUUUGUCUGGAUGACCUGUCUUUUUGGAAUAAUUGUAGCUAAGCCAGCUGUUUGAGAUUUGAUUUGGCAAGGCAGGACGUGACAGUGCGUUCUCUUCAUGAGUGAACUAAAAAUCCCUAUUUUGUAUAAAGAACUUCCCCUUUUGUAACUAAUCCUUUUUGGUAAAAAUUGUAAAUUAAAGUGUACAGCUUGACAGUU